UCUCCUUAUAGCGUGUAAGGCGUAAAUAAGGCAGUCUAAAAGAUCGCAUAGUCUAAAUCAAAAUGCAUAUCACUAAGGCCAUUCUAUUGCUGAGCUGUCUCCUGCUCCUGGAAUCCUCUGUCAGCGCACUCAAUUUUGAUGGUAUUCUAGAUUGUACGCAGGCAGCAAUUGAAUCAGGCGUUUCGCUUGCUGCUCGCGUUAUACCAGAAGUGAAGAGAACAACGGCGUGUAUAAACUUCGUUCCGAGUCUGGCAGCUGAGCUAGACGCCCAAAGUUUGGUCUUGCUUAUUUAUGAUUUUUUUAAACAAUUUUUGGCAAAUGAAAAGUGCGUGGACGCUACGCUUGAGAGAGUUUAUGCAGCUGUACAACCAGAGUUGCAAAAAUUGUACAACAUACAAUGCAUACCAACGGAACUUCUUGAACAUUAUAUCUGAAGGCCUAUAAACAUACUGUUAAAAUUUA